AUGUUCAAACGUUUUGAAUUGACUGAAGCCGAACGCAAAAGCUCUGUGAGGCCAAUCAAGCCCAGCUCCGAAGAGACUGUCACUAGCGCUACGUACAGUAGUUGCACAAGUCUCGAGGAGGAUCAUUUCAGUUAUGUCUCAGCCAUUACUAUGGAUGAUGAAUUUGGUGUUUCUGAUCGAUUCACAAUAUCCGAUCGCUAUCAGUAUCGACUGGACCCUAGACUGCAUUCUCUAAAGGAGCAGAAACGGUCGUCUGAUCCUGAAAUGGAAGAAGAGCAGGCGAAACGCCAAAUUCUUCCUGUUACAAAUAUGAAUCGGUUCUCCAGCGUAGCCGAAGCAGCAGAUACAAAGCUCUGCGCUGCGCCCCGACGAAGGUUAUCGAUGAGCUACCGAUCAGCAUACUCGAAAUCAUAUGAUUCUUUGGACAGCACCUGCGGUAAUGGAGAGUCCGCUUCCAGCAUCUUGACACGAAGUGCCCGAAGCGGCUCCGUUGACAGUUGCUUGUCAUCCGCCUCAACUGAUUUGGACUAUCGAAAUUCCCAGCAGUGGCAUAACAGCACUUUCUUCUUGAGCGAAGAUAAUCUGGAUCUUGGCAUUAGCGAACGAUUUGACGAGAAUGAAGAGAACGAUGUAUCGCAUAGUUCGUACGAAGAGCCCUUGCAUGAAGAACUUGAAUACGAUUUACCCCUAGGAGGCGAGAGCGAGAGCAAGCUACCUAUCUCUCACCACGAAGACACAGCACCGCGCCGCAAUUACCGCAGGCACGGCAAGUGCAACCCUCCGGUCUAUGGCUACAGCCGAAGUGGAAUCUCGUCACAGUCUUUGGACCUGCUCGAUGUCUUUGGAGAUCAAGGUAGAAGGCAUUAG